ACACACACACACAGAGAGAGAAGGGACUGCUCUCGUUUUUCUUCCCCCCUCUUUUUUUUUUUCUACCGCUGACGAUUUUUGGGGGCUGAACUUCCCAGGUCAGAACCAGCGAGAAGGGAAAAGCCCUGUUGUUGUUUCGCCUGCUUGCGUUGCAGCCGACGCCGACGCCAACGCCGCCUUGGAUCUCCUUUGGCUUUCCCCCCUUACCCACCCGACCCUCUUUUCUUUUUUUUUAACCCUUCUCCCUUUCUCCAAAGGGCGAGACUUUCCAACUCUUGCUCCAGCCCGGAAGCCACGGGAAAGACUUUGAUUUCCAGAGGCCACAGCCUUCUGCAGAAGUGACUGAUGUAUUUUGCUGAGAUACAGUGGGCCCUUCUGGACCCAUGCCAGAGACCUGUCUACAGGGACAUUGUGCAGGACAAUUAUGGGACUCUCCUCUCGCUAGAUGGAGGAACUAUGAACCCUAAUCCACAGCCCGGAGGUAGCGAAGCCAUGCAGACCCAGAAGCAGGUCCUGGGACGGUCCGAUGGGUCUGCUUUCCCAAGCAAUAGUCAAGCUGGGCAGCAAGGGGAGGAUCAAGGGAAAGGAUGGGCCAAACCACCUCUUCUUCCUCCAGCGCCGAAGGAAAACCCUCCUCUCCCGCCCCGGGUAUACAUGGGGCCCAGUUCCAGCUUGUGCGUACAAUGUGGGGAGAGCCUCGCCCAGGCUCAGAAUAGCCUUGUCCAGGCUCAACAUAGCCUUGCCCAGGCUCAACAGAGUCUUGCCCAGGCCCAGAAAGCACCCCGCUUGACUGAUAAGCUUUACCCAUGUGCCGACUGUGGGAAGAGCUUUGGCGUGAGCUCCCACCUUACAAUUCACCGGAGAAUCCACACCGGAGAGAAACCGUACGAGUGCAGCGAGUGCGGAAAGCGAUUCAGCCAGAGCUCGACCCUGGUCCUCCACCGCCGCAUCCACACAGGGGAGAAGCCCUAUAAGUGUGCCGAUUGUGGGAAAUGCUUCUCCGUGAGUUCCCACCUCACCAAGCACCAGAGAGUCCACACGGGCGAGAAGCCCUAUGAGUGCCAAGCAUGCGGGAAAAGGUUCAGCCAGAGCUCCACUCUUAUCCUCCACCAAAGAAUCCACACUGGAGAGAGGCCUUAUAAAUGUGACGAAUGUGGGAAAACCUUCAGUGUCAGCUCCCACCUGACCAUCCACCAGAGGAUCCACACCGGGGAGAAACCGUACCGCUGCAUGGAAUGUGGGAAGUGUUUCCGACAGAGGUCCGGCCUCAGCACACAUCAGAAAACCCACAUGAUCCUUGUGAGGCCUUACAAGUGCCCUCCUUAAGACCAGGACCUGAGCCAGCUUGCCAAGUCACAUCAAACCUUUGUCUAAUGAUCUGAAACAACAACAGGACAGAGACUGAACACAUUCAAAAGUCUCUGCUUUUGGAAAUACAAAAAUUUAUCCUGAUUUUUUUUCUGUAAUGUCAAAGAAGAAUGGAAAAAGACAUAUGGAGGCCUUAAUUUGCCUUAAUUUGCAUGCUUUAUUGUAGAUCCACCUCUGGAGAAAUGAGGACUUUUGUUCAACAUGUUUGUGGUUAUAGUUUAGAAGAUGGGUGUAAGGAUCCUUGACACAACAACAGUUGAUAGGCGCGUGGGAGAUGAGCUGGGAUACUACGACAAUGGCUAUUUUAAGUUACUUGUUGAGCCUGCCUUGACGGUAACAUUAAAUGGAGCUGGAAGUCUAUCCAUGUUAGGAGGAUUUGAGUUUUUGGAUCAGAAUUGGUCGGCCUUUUGCCCACAGCUUUUGGCAAUUGCUGAAUAUUGGCAGAAUCUCACAGGCUGUCAAUCCUACUCCAUUUCAUAAAAGUCUGACAGAACCGUAUAUGAGACUUUGGGUACUGCUCAUUGGGUGGAUCCAUCCCUCUCUGCAGUAUACAGAGUUAAGACCUUUCAGAGGUAACCCAUGAGAUCCAGAUGUGGUCACACAAAGGAAACACCUCUAUGUCAAAAGGGAUGGCCAUUUCCCAAGCAAGUUCAUUUCAGUGUUGCAUUCCCAGGAACACUGCCAUUGUUUCUCCAGCUAGCUUUCUGGAGAGCUGCCUUGAAGGGCGUGUUUGUCCAUCAUAAUGUGUGUCACAAACACUGACUGGCUAGUGCCUGUGACGUCAUGGAUGCUCUUUUACUUGCCACCCUUUUUCUGGGGCGUUCCACACAUGAGGAAACAUUUCUGUAAAUAUUUCAAAAGGAGACAGUGAAGAGAUUAAAAGGGUGCAAUCCCAACCAGGCUACGCUUCUUUGCCGCAAUGCUCUGCCAUUUUAUCAACCCGUUCUUUUGCUCCGUGGCUCCAUCUGUCGUUGCUGUUUUAAAAAUGAUUUUUAUUGUACCUGUCAGUUAUUUUCUGUAUUGUAUGAUUCUAAGCCUCAUCAAUAAGGAGUUAGGGGAUUGUUUUCAUUGGGAUAGCAGCACAAAUAAUAAUAUAUCAAGCUUCUUGUUAAGUUACAGUCAGCCUUCCACAUUCAAAGGGGUUCAUGGCACAGGACACUGGUGAAAGUUUUUUUUUCCCCAUGUCAGGAGUGACUUGAGAAACUGCAAGUCACUUCUGGUUUGAGAGAAUUGGCCAUCUGCAAGGAUGUUGCCCAGGGGACGCCCGGAUAUUGUGAUGUUUUACCAUCCUUGUGGGACGCUUCUCUCAUGUCCCUGUAUGGGGAGCCGGAGCUGACAGAGGGAGCUCAUCCGCACUUUCCCCAGAUUCGAAUUUACGACCUGUUAGUCUUCAGUCCUUCCCACACAAGGAUUUAACCCAGUGGUUCUCAACCUGGGGUCCCCAGGUGUUUUUGGCCUUCAAUUCCCAGAAAUCCUAACAGCUGGUGAACUGGCUGGGAUUUCUAGGAGUUGUAGGCCAACAACAUCUGGGGACCCCAGGUUGAGAAACACUGAUUUAACCCAUUGUACCACCUGGGACUCCUGGUAAAAUGAAAACCUGGGAAUAAAAAAAUGUCAGGUUUUUUUUACUUAAGACAGUGGUUCUCAACCUGUGGGUCCCCAAAUGCUUUGGCCUUCAACUCCCAGAAAUCCCAACAGCUUUAAACUGGCUGGGGUUUCUGGGAAUUGUAGACCAAAACACCUGGGGACCCACAGGUUGAGAACCACCAACUUAAGAGAACACCUUGUUAGGAAUUUCUUUGCCCUUUAGAACAACUCUGUGGUCAGUAUCUGCUGGAAGCUGACGAUAGAACCAUACUGGAGAAACGAGAAAUUCCUAGAGAUUACAUUUUAAUUAAAUGCACAAAGUCGGAGAAGGGUUUGGAAAGCAUGCCACAGCAUAUCCGUGUUACUGUUGUUGGAUAAGAACCAGACCUUAGGCAAAGUUGCUUUUUUAGACUGCAGUUUCCAGAAUCCGCCCAACCAAAAUGUCUUAGGGUCAUGCUUGCUAAGGGAUUGUGGCCACUGUAGCAACAAAUUGUAAUUUCUCUGAGCUCGUACAACUAUAACACUAAAGAGGCAGUCUUUUUUCCUUUCAUUUCCAGUUGUCCGGAUGCCUGUUAGAUAGCUGAACAAUCCAGUUAUGAGACGAUUGUAGUUUUAGGAGAUUCUUCCUUUCCAUUUCUAUUUUUUCUUCUCAACCGUCAUUUACAUUUUUUCACCCACAAAUCCUGCAGUAAUGCCUAGCUUCAUAAUUGCCAUGGCUUCAUUCAAUGUGUAUUAAAAUUCAAAGAAUUGCAUGGAA